AUGAGAGGCUCCAAGACUGUCGUUAGCGAUACUGACUCGUCCGCCACCCAGUCUGACAGCUCCGCCACCAAGACCGAUUCUGACAUGAUCGACGGUGAAGACGAAGAAGUUUCCGCUCCUUCCCCCGAUUCAUGCCCCUUCUCCGAAGGCGAGAAGGUGCUCGCUUUUCAUGAGACCCAAAUUUACGAAGCCAAGGUGACCAAAGUCGAUUUCAAGAUGAACGAAUGGAGAUUUUAUGUUCAUUACCUUGGAUGGAGCAAAAAUUGGGAUGAGUGGGUACACUUGGAUCGUCUGAUGAAAAACACUGAUGAGAAUGUGAGGAAACAAGAGCAGCUCAAUGCGAACCAGAGAACACACAAGAAUGCAAAGCUACCACGCACGUCACAGACUAAACAAAAAGUCUCAAGAGGAAAAAAGCGAAAGAAUGACUCUGUCAUUAAG